AUGGGCAGAAUCGAUACUCACAUUCACGCUCUUCCUCCGGCGUACGUUGCUGCGGUCGAAGCGGCCGGGGGUGAUCCAUCAGGCUUCCCCUCGCCAGAUUGGUCCUUGGAAGCCACCUUCAGCUCGCUGAACUCAAUCAGCACAUCCAUCGCGAUAUUGUCAGUGUCGGCGCCGGGACCCUCCAUCGCUGGCGCAGGUGCCGCGGGCCGCAAGCUGGCUCGAGAUCUGAACCAGCAUCUGGGCAACCUUACUACGAACCCAAAGUCCGAGCAAAGACUCGGGUUCUUCGGUGCGCUUCCGGAUUGGCAAGAUGUUGAAGGCACUCUCGCCGAGCUCGACUUCCUUUUCGGGGAACAGAAGCUCUGUUUCGGCGUUACCGUCUUCACGUCUUACGGUGACAGACUGCUCGGCCAUCCUUCCUUCAAGCCGAUCUGGCAGAAGCUUCAGGCCUACAAGGCGUUGGUGUUCACGCACCCAACGUCCCUCGAUGUGACACCCAAGUUCAUCGCGGACAACCUCCCACAACCCAUCGUUGACUAUCCCAUGGCAACCACCCGCAUGGCGGUAGACCUGGUGUUGACUGGAACACUGCGUGCUUGUCCCGACGUCGACGUCAUUUUGUCCCAUGCUGGAGGCACUCUACCCUUUCUUGCGAACAGGGUUAUGGGUUCUUUGAAGAUACCGUCGGUCGAAGAGAUGCUUUCAACAGACUUCGACACGGCCGAAGCUGACUUUGCUCGCUUCUACUACGAUACGGCCUUGAGUACUAGUCCAGCCCAGCUACUUGGCUUGCUUGAAUCUGCAGAACCAUCGCAUGUUCUAUUUGGAUCCGACUUUCCGUACUGCCCCCAGCCGGUAGUUGAGAUGCAAACUCAGCUCUACGACAACUUCGUUGAUACCAACCCUCGAGGGGCGGUAAUCAAUCCUGAAGUUCUUCGACAAAACUCGAAGGCUCUUCUGACCAAGCACCAGCAAAAAUGCAACAUAAAUUGGGACUACGAUGCUAGCACUGGGAGGGAGACAAAGAUUUGA